AUGGCCGACGAAGCUACCAAGGCUCACCUCCGCACCAAGUUCGACAAGCUCACCGCCGAUGACUUCAAGGAGGUUGCAGGCAACAAGGAAGCCCUCGCCGCCAAGGUCGCCGAGAAAUACGGCAUCUCCAAGGACGAGGCUACGAAACAAGUCGAGGAGGCGAAGGAGUCAGAAAAGCCUACAAUUCAUACCUUGACCAGCUUCGACCAGAAUUGA